AUGGCCGUAAAGGAUAUUCCUACUGAGGUUUUGGAAAAUCCAGAAUUAUAUGGAUUAAGGCGGUCAGGAAGAGCUGCUGCGGUAACGCACGCUCGGUAUUUUUCGGAUGAGGAAGAAGACGAUGACCUGGUUCCUACAAGACGUGGCAGAAGAUCUAAACCGGUUGAAGACGACUAUUCAAUGGAUGAAGAUGAACUAAGUGAAGAUGAUGAUCAGGCUGAUGAAGAUGAAGACGAGGAUGAUGAGGACUUUGUAAAAGUUAAACGCAAGGGCCAACGUAAGUCAAAAAAACCAGAACCCUCAGCAGAUUUCGAGAUACCCACUCGAUUUUCUGCGCGUAAUAACAAAAGCAUCAAUUACAACGUUGACUACUCAGAUGAGGAUCUAUUAGAAUCUGAGCCGGAAGGUGUGGAAGAUGAGAUCGAAUAUGAAAAUACUCCAACACCCGCUCCCCAAAAUACUCAUGGGGUUGAUUUAGUAGUUACACAUCGUCAAAGAGAAGGUACGGAUGAAAUAAAAGGAGUACCGGAGCUAAAUGAAUGCAAGCAAACAUAUCAAUUCUUGAUUAAAUGGAACGAUAAAUCGCAUCUGCAUAACUCGUGGGAGAACUACGAAGAUCUCACCCAAGUAAGAGGGGUCAAAAAGCUCGACAAUUACAUCAAACAAUACAUCAUUCUGAAUAAGCAAAUUCGCGAGGAUCCUUAUACAACCGCAGAAGACGUAGAAGGUAUGGAUCUCGAACGUGAGAGACGUUUGGACGAGUUUGAAGAAUUUAAGCACCCGGAAAGAAUCAUUGAUAGCGACCGAGUGACGUUGGAUGAUGGAACCUCACAACUUCAGUAUCUGGUUAAAUGGCGUAGACUCAAUUAUGACGAAGCAACAUGGGAAAAUGCUGGUGAGAUUGUGAAGUUAGCUCCCGAACAAGUAAAGCAUUUUCAAAACAGAAUGAACUCAAAAAUUUUGCCCCAAUUCUCCAGCAAUUAUGGGAGCUCUAGACCUCGUUUUGAAAAGCUAGACGAGCAGCCAUCAUUCAUCAAAGGAGGUGAACUAAGAGAUUUUCAACUGACAGGCAUAAAUUGGAUGGCCUUUUUAUGGUCCAAAAAUGACAAUGGUAUUUUGGCAGAUGAGAUGGGGUUAGGGAAAACUGUUCAAACAGUAUCAUUCAUUAGUUGGCUAAUAUAUGCUCGAAGACAAAAUGGUCCCCAUCUUGUGGUAGUACCACUGUCCACCAUGCCAGCCUGGCAGGAGACUUUCGAUAAAUGGGCCCCGGAUGUGAACUGUAUCUAUUAUAUGGGUAAUCAGAAAUCAAGGGAUGCAAUUCGUGAAAAUGAGUUUUACACAAAUCCCCAAUCCAAGGGCAAAAAGCACAUUAAAUUUAAUGUUCUUUUAACAACCUAUGAAUAUAUUCUCAAAGAUCGCUCCGAAUUGGGUGCUCUUAAGUGGCAGUUUCUCGCUGUUGAUGAAGCUCAUCGUCUAAAAAAUGCCGAAUCUUCACUGUAUGAAUCGCUUAACAGCUUUAAAGUAGCAAAUCGUUUGCUAAUUACAGGAACUCCGUUGCAAAACAAUAUACAAGAAUUAGCAGCUUUGGUGAACUUUUUGAUGCCCGGAAGGUUCACUAUAGAUCAGGAGAUUGAUUUUGAGAACCAGGAUCAAGAGCAAGAAGAUUAUAUCAGGGAUUUACAUAAGAGAUUACAGCCCUUUAUUUUGCGUAGGCUAAAGAAGGAUGUCGAAAAGUCUUUGCCAGCGAAGACAGAACGUAUACUAAGAGUUGAGUUAUCGGAUGUUCAGACUGAGUUUUACAAAAACAUCCUUACUAAGAACUACGCAGCGCUCUCAGCUGGCUCGAAUGGAGUGCAUUUCUCUCUUUUGAAUAUCAUGAACGAGCUGAAAAAAGCGUCCAACCAUCCAUAUCUUUUCGAUACUGCUGAAGACCAAGUCUUAUCCAAAUUUGGUGACGGUAGAAUGUCUCGUGAAAACAUUUUAAGAGGCCUCAUUAUGUCCUCCGGUAAAAUGGUCUUGCUUGAUAAACUUUUGACGAGAUUGAAAAAGGAUGGCCAUCGGGUUCUGAUUUUCUCACAAAUGGUCAGAAUGCUAGAUAUUUUAGGUGAUUACUUAACCAUCAAAGGGGUGAACUUCCAACGGCUAGAUGGUACCGUUCCUUCUGCUCAACGCCGUAUCGCUAUCGAUCAUUUCAAUUCGCCUGACUCUAAUGAUUUCGUUUUUCUUUUGUCCACCCGUGCAGGUGGUUUGGGUAUUAAUUUAAUGACCGCAGACACUGUCAUUAUAUUCGAUUCUGACUGGAAUCCACAGGCCGACUUACAGGCAAUGGCCCGUGCUCAUCGUAUUGGACAGAAAAAUCAUGUUAUGGUUUACAGGUUUGUGUCCAAAGAUACAGUGGAAGAAGAAGUUUUGGAAAGAGCACGGAAGAAGAUGAUUCUUGAGUACGCCAUUAUCUCUCUUGGUGUUACCGAUGGUAGUAAGUAUUCUCAAAACAAGAAAACCGAUCCUUCGGCAGGUGAGUUAGCAGAAAUAUUGAAAUUUGGUGCAGGGAAUAUGUUCAAAGCAAAUGAUAAUCAGAAAAAGCUCGAAGACCUAAAUCUGGAUGAUGUUUUAAACCACGCCGAGGACCACGUGACUACUCCUGACUUGGGUGAAUCACACCUCGGUGGUGAAGAGUUCUUGAGGCAAUUUGAAGUUACCGACUAUAAGGCAGACGUUGAAUGGGAUGAUAUCAUUCCUGAAGAAGAACUGAAAAAACUGAAAGAUGAGGAACAGAGAAGAGCAGAUGAGGAAUAUGUCCAGGAACAACUGCAGAUGAUGAAUCGAAGGAACAAUGCUCUGAACAAAAUAAAAGCAAGCGUUAAAGGAAACCGCGACAGUCCAGACGAGGAUGACGACGAAGAAACGCGGAAUUCUAAGAAAAGAGCGAGAUCCAACAAUUUAGACUCUUUUGGUGAAAAGGAAAUUAGAGCUCUCUAUAAGGCCGUCCUAAAGUUUGGUUCUUUAGGUGGUAAAUUUGAGGAACUAAUUGCAGAUGGAUCUUUACCUGUGAAAUCAAUUGACAGAUAUGCAGAAUUAUAUUAUGAAAUGAUUGAGGUGGCCAAAAAAAGUAUUAAAGAAGAAGAAUCUAAACGUAAUGAUGCCAUUAAUAAACUGGAGAAAGAGGUUCAGAGUUACAAGUCUAAAAAUAAGAACAAUAUUACUGAACAAGACGAAAAGGAUAAAAAUAGCCCUAUGGCCAAGUUAGCAGCAAAGAAAAGGGAAAAGAAAGCAGUUUUGUUCGAGUUUUACGAUGUCAAAGCACUAAAUGCUGAAACUGUUAUCAACAGACCAGAGGACAUGAAAUUUCUGCAUAGCUUUCUCAAGAAAAACUUUCCAGAUGAUCAACUUAAAUUUAAGUUCCUCAAUAAGAUUCCUAAACCAGUGCUUAACUGGAGUUGUGAGUGGACGAAAGAAGAUGACGAGAAGCUCAUUGUCGGCGUUGACAAAUAUGGGUAUGGAUCGUGGGCUCAAAUUAGAGAUGAUCCCUUCCUAGGCUUGACUGAUAAGAUCUUUUUGAGCGAGGCGAAUGUUGGCGGGAAAUCCGAAAGCACAAUGCCCGACAAAAAAUCAAAGAAUUUAUCAGGUAAUUCUAAGAAAGUUCCUGGUUCUGUUCAUCUAGGAAGAAGAAUUGACUACCUGUUCACGGUAUUGAAGGAGGAGGCAAAUCCAUUAAAUUCCUCUGGAUCAAACACGGGUAAUUCCUCACCUUCAGGUCAAAUUCCUUCAAAAAAGCGCCAGAGAAAGGCACCCGCUAGUAGGAGUUCCACGCCUGAUGCAAAGGGAGACGAGCGUCCUCCAACCAAGAGAGUAAGAAAGUUAGGCCAUAGCACAUCUGCGAAAAAAGGAAGUCCACCACCGGCAUCAGGUGUCGUGAGGAAAGCAAAGGCAAAGCCUGCUAAGUCAACGACCUCAGAAAGAGAACACGGCACAUUAGAGGACGCAGAAUGUAAACAAACUAUGCAGCCAAUGAAAGCCUCUCUUACAAGAUUAAGCCGGGGCGGAAAAGGGUUGGAUCGCAAGGAAUGGGCUCAAAUCUUGAAGAAGGAGUUAAAAGCUGUAGGAGACCACAUAGAGGCUCGGAAAGCUACCUCAAGUGCACAUGAUCCAGAAUUAUUCAAGAGACACCUUUGGGACUUUAGUGCUCAGUACUGGCCUGCUGCAGUCAAGAGUUCUAAACUCAUGGCAAUGUACGAUAAGAUAGUUGCCAGCGGAAACCAUUAG